AUGUCCGUCAAACUUUUCGUCGGAGGUUUGUCAUGGGGAACUGAUGACCGUUCUCUUCGCAACAAGUUUGAAGAAUAUGGUCAAGUAGAAGAUGCUGUUGUAAUUCGUGACCGUGACACUGGUCGUAGUCGUGGAUUUGGUUUCGUUACCUACUCUAAUAACGAUGAAGCUGAAACUGCUAUUUCCAACUUGAACGAUGCAGAAUUUGAUGGUCGUACCAUCAAAGGCAAGUAUUGUUUAACAUCAUAUCUGUAA